AUGAAGUGGCUGUGUCCUGUAAUUAUUUUUAACAUAAUAGCGUUUAAAAUUAUUGCCGGGGAUGAAAUUGAAAGCGAUGUUACAACACAGCAUGACAAUGAUCGUAUGAAUAACAGGAACUAUAGUAAAAACUGGGCACAAGUUAUUGAAUACAGACAAGAUUCACAUUCGAAGCGGAAUUUAUACUCGACCUGGGGUCGGUGGAGCGAGUGUCGAGGCGGCAGCAAAACCAGACGACGGCACUGUUUACAUCGACAAAUAUGCGGCGACUCUCUUCGCAUAGAAAUCGCAAGGUGCAUAGAUUCGUAUCCAGCUCAACUCAACAAACCAAGUGUUGUGAGAAAAGAAACAAAAUUUGUUAUUCCACAACUACGUCAGUUGGAUUCCGAGGAUGUACAGAAGAGAUUUCGAGGAUUCUCACAGUGGAGUUCGUGGACCAUUUGCUCCAAAAGAUGUAUCACGGUAAGACGAAGAAACUGUUUAAAACGAGCUAUAUGUGGUCGUCAAGUAGUGAGGCAGUCAGCCUACUGCUACAUGGAGGGCAGCUACUGCCACCAAUGGAUUCGCGGCAAAAUGCAGCGGCGCAAGAACCCAGAAUACACAUUAGUGGAGUCCAAUCCAAUGUCGCCGCCUGCACCAGCAAUACACCCAGAAGAUUCAAGAGCCUCAUCACCUUCUCCUGUUUGCGGUAAACUUGGUCGCUAUCGGGGUUCGCCGUCUGCAAAGAUGAGACAGCGGAUGCGCGACAUGGUUCGCAUAAUAGGUGGACGGCCUGCUCCGCCUGGAAAAUGGCCCUGGCAGGUCGCAGUACUUAAUCGUUACAAG